AUGGCCAAUCAAACAAGGAAAACUGAGUGGCUAAACUCUAUCAUCACAUUGAUAGAAUCUGUAGACUAUGAUUAUGUUCAAUCUUGUAGUAUUUCGGUGGUUCCAGAAGGACUUAAAAAAUGGAAUGAGGAUGCAUACAUUCCAAGGAAGGUGUCAAUUGGACCACAAUUUAUGGGAUGGAGAGAAGACCUUCUGCUCAUAGAAGAAGUCAAAUUACGCUGCAUGUUGUCUCUUAUUCAUAGAGGAGCAGGUGCAGCACGUGAAAGCUUGAAGAAAUGCAGUGAAGCAGUUUGGGAAUUAGAUGAAAAGGUUCGUGCAAGUUAUGUGACCUCGCUAAAAUUUGAACAACAGGAACUCGCUAAAAUUAUGUUAUUGGAUGGAUGUUUUCUGUUAGAGCUUCUCAUAUCAAAGUCAGAGGGAUCAAAGGGAUUAAAUUCUCGACUUAAAAGCCGUUUAAAGCCAUCUGGUCCGGCAGCUGAAGUCCUAAAAGACGAUGAUGUUUUGUCUGAUCUAAUGUUGUUGGAGAACCAGAUCCCAAUUCUGGUUCUUCAUGAGUUGUUUCAAACACUUUUUCCAAAUGUGCUCGAACUUGAUAGGGCAAAGAAAAUGCAGAUUAUGGAAGAUGCAUCUACCUCUCAUCAAGAGAAACAUAAGAGGAUAGAGAAGUUGAAGAAGGAGACGAGGGCAAAUAAAAUUAACGAUCUUGCCCUCACUGUCUUAGGAUAUUCUUCUAUUCAGUUACCGUGUCUCCAUGCCCCUCACAUUCUUGAUCUUGUCCACUUCUUUGUUAACACGGGGACAGGUGAGAGAGAAACCGAAGGAGAAGGCAAUAAUCAUGUACUUAUUGAAGAUGGCGUUGUGAAUACUGAGUCUAAGAAACUAAAGUUAAAGAGUUGUGCUUUGAGUCUCCAGGCUGCAGGGGUAAGUUUCAAAGUUCUUGAAGAUAGAGAUGAAGCGAUUUCUUGCUUCGAUUUGAUGAGGAAUUAUUUUCGUGGUGUACUCGUAAGGCUUCGUAACAUCAUAUUCAAUACUGAGCAAGUGGAUGUGGCGGUAAGGGAAGUGAAAGGUUUGGACUUCAAUUUUAAGUUCAGAAUGGGGAAACUCGAAAUUGCACAGUUGCAUAUCACAGAAACAACGAAAGCAAAGUGGCGCAAUGUCAUUGUUUGGGAGCAUCAUAAAAAGAAUGGGAAAAGUUCUUCGUCUUCAACCCAGAGCCUCACUAGUCCCAUCGGCAAAUUUACUUCGUCUGCGUUGAUUUUCCAUGGGUUAAUUUGUUGCUCGGCUGAUGUAAUUUUUCUGAAGGAAAAGAAAAUCAUUGUGGAUCAUACGAAGAUGAGUAAUGGUGAGUUGAAAGAGUUUUUCCGUACCAUGUCGUUUGGAGUUGAUCCUGGGAUAGUUGAUUCCAGUUAUGUUCAACUAGUUAAUGAAUUGAACAACUACUCUGAUGUGUUUUUCAUAUUAAGGAUCUUGAAAUUAUCGUGGCAUUUUUCCAUAUGUUGUCUAGAACGGCUUAUCAAGUUUUUGAAAGAAGAUUACAACUUUGUUGCUGCACUGCUUGCUCUACUUAGUGUUGUGCAGACUGUUUAUGCACUCCUAGCCUAUUAUCUCAGCAAGUAG